GGGAAGAAAAAACUUAUUACAAAUAGAGAUAUUAUUAAUAACACACAUAUUUUCCAUUAUUCGUUAAUUAAUGUUGUUCGGUUACUUAGAAGAGAGCUUCUCUCUUGACUGACUCACUCUUCAUCUCCUCCGGUCAAGCCCAACUACCAUUCUCCACCGCUUUUCUACUUUUCAUCUCUUCAUAGAACAAGAAAGAAGCAUAAGAUAUGUAUGUUUUCAUGGAUCACUAUACAAUUCUUGGGUUGCCAACUGGCAAAGAAGGUGCUAAGGUUACAAUAGAAGAGAUAAGAAAGGCAUAUAAAGCAAAGGCCCUAUUGUUGCACCCUGAUAAAAACUCACAUGAUCCAAAAGCCAAUGCUAAAUUCCAGAGGCUCAAGUGUUCAUAUGACAUACUCAAGGAUGCCUAUGCUCGAAAACUUUUCGAUGAGCAGCUACAAAUGAAUUUUGAACAUGAUGAGGAGAGAAGGAAGAUGGAAUCUGAUCUUGCUAGAAAUAAAAAGAAGGAAGAGAAGGCAAAAGCAGCUGUAGCAAAAGCGAAAAAAGAAGCAAGAGCAGCAGAAAAAGAAGCCAAAAGGGCAGAAGAAGUUGUGAAAGCCAUAAAUGAAGCAAUGGCAGCAGAAGAAGCAGCCGAAAAAGCGAAUGAUGAAGCGGAAGCAGCUGUAAUAGCAGCAGAAAAAGCCAAAGGAAAGUCUAAAGCAGCAGCAAGAGCUGCAGCGAAAGCCAAAGAAGAAGCGGAAUUAGCAGCAGUAGCAGCCUCAAAAGCCAUUGAAGAAGCAAAUGCAGCAGAAAAUGCUGCAACAAGAGCAAGAGCAAGAGCAAAAGCAGCACUGAAGUGAAGGCUUACAAACUUGGGCCCUUAUUAUGACCAAAUCCCAUCAUAAUUUUCAUCUAAUGAGAAUUAGAUCUCAACUCAAAACUCAUGAAAAUUAUAAUGGGAUUUGGUCAUGACUCAUGCCCAAACUUGGCAUUUUUUGGUUCUCAUACUAGCCAAGACUGUGGUUCUCCAUCUUCCAAAAUUUUGUGAAAGCAAAAUAAGUUUGUGAUUCAUGAGAUAUUUGUCACCACUUGUCAAAUAAUUAUUUCCAAAUUUAUUCUUGAUGUCAAAACUAGUUUAAUCAAUGUAUAUAUACAAAAAGAUGUUGAUUGUGAUU